AUGUACACUUUUUUAAUUGGCUCCCCCAGUGGCAGGUCUUUGGUGACAGCUGGUUCUGAGGAGAAGAUAAAGAGGGCGCUAGAGCUUGGAGCCGAGGCUGGCUUCAACUACAAAACAGAGGACUUUGCCAAGCAUGUAUUGAAGCACACAGACAAUAAAGGCGUCAAUUUGAUCUUAGAUUGUAUAGGGGCCUCUUUCUGGGAAAGGAAUGUUGCUGCACUGGCUGUAGACGGAAGAUGGGUUCUUUAUGGUUUGUUAGGAGGUGGUAAUAUAAAUGGAGACCUGUUGGCUAAAAUUUUGAGGAAAAGGAUCAAUAUUACUGGAACAACACUGCGGGCCAGAUCAACAGAGUAUAAAGCUGAGCUUAUCCGGGAUUUCACAGAGAAGGCCCUCCCAGCAUUCCAGAGCGGGCAGUUACAUCCUAUAAUAGACACAGAAUUUCCACUGGAGCGGAUAGCAGAUGCACACAGGUACAUGGAAGAGAAUAGGAACACUGGGAAAAUACUGGUUACUGUUAUCACUGAGGGAAAAGAGGAACUUUGAAGUGGAGAUCAGUUCAGUCAGGUUGAACAGAAAGUCCAUGCCGUUAUUAAACCCAGUGACGCGAGGUAAUCAAUGAAGUAUCUGUUGCUCUGUGUAACAGUGACAUUGAAUAAUAGAGAAGAACAUUUUAAAUUAGGUAUGGCAUUAUGUGCCUGGAUAAAGGUUAGACAAAUAUGAAAAAUUCUGUAUAUUUUUCAUAAGAAUCAAAACAUUCCAUCUCUAUUUUUAGGUAUAUGAAUAAUUUUACGAGACCAUACCCCAUAUGUAGUAGUAAAUGUAGCAGUCUUACCUAAUAGUGCUAUGUACAUAUUAUUUGAUCAUUGGCACACAGGUCAUCUACGGGUCGAUAAGUACUGUAUCAGAAUUAUUAUAUUAAUUAACUUACGGUUAUCAUAUGUGAAAAAGAAGUGCUAUGCCUUUAUAUAUAGGAGUCAAGUGUGCAUUGCACAAAACACCGAAACAAGGGUCAUAAUUAUGAUUUUAUACUUACACGGUUAUACUAGCUGAAUAAGAAAUAUAAGGAAUAACACAUGAAAAUUGGGUGUGACCUCAAUGCAUUAGGUAUAAUCAUAAAAUUACAGUGUGUAAGUUGUCACGGACAUAAAACCAACUGAAUAUUUAAUUGCUCAAAAUGUAUUGCAUACAAAUAGUAUUAUAACAUACAUUUGCCAAAAUUCUGAACUUGAGUUUGUAAACAUUUUGAAAACCAGAUUUCACUUUCGUAGGAUCUGUGCCUGUAGAAGCAUAGUAACAUAUCACUGCUUGUACUAUAUUUCCAGUACUUAAUAUUACCCACAUGAACUCCUCGUUGGAAAGUUUUCAGUGAGCAUUAGACAGAGCCACUUUCUCCACAAUGGCAUGUCUUUUGCUGUGAAAUCAUAUGGUGCAUCCAGCGCGAUGUAUAAGGCAUUCAUUUUGAUAAGAAAAAAAGUUGUUGCCAUAAAUCUGAGGCAGUAUCUGACCUUCUUCUUCCCAUGUAGUUGUGAAUCCCCAGCCUUGUUCUUCAUCUGCAAUGAAGGUGUUUCCAACACUCUUUCAUAGGAUCUAUGCCUUUGUAAACAUAGUGAUGAGAAACUAUUUGUACUGUAUUUCCAGUACUUGAUAUCACCCUGUGAACUCCUCACUGGCAAGUUUUCAGUCAGCAGUAGACAGAGCCACUUUCUCAACAAUGGCAUUUCACUCGCUGUGAAAUCAUACGGUGCAUCCAGUGCUUUGUAUAAGGCAUUUUCAUUAAAAAAUUUUGUUUCCAUAAAUCUGAGGCGAUAUCUACCCAUUUUCCUCCCAUGUAGUUGUGAAUCACCAGUUUUGUUCUUCUAAUCUUUUAUCUUACUCUUUUUGAGUCAGAGGGCUUUCAUUUCCCAACAAUUGCAUUUUCUCACCAGUUGCAUGUCGCUUGCUGUAAAGUCGUAUGGUGCAUCCAGCACUUUCUAUAAGGCAUUCAUUUUCAUAAGAAAAAAAUCGUGGCUAUAAAUCAGAGGCAAUAUUUGCCUGUCUUCUUCCCAUGCAGUUGUGAAUCACUAAUCUUGUUCUGCUUCUGCAAUGAAGGUGUUUCCAAUGCUCAUCAGUACUUCUUGGCAUACGUGAGAUUAACCUGUUUGGGUCUAUGCUUCCCAAUCUACUAUUCACUGUCUCAACCAAGGAAU